GGGAAAAAAGAGGGAGCGGCCGGGGACGAAAAAAUCGAGACAGUUCGGAGAUUUCCAGCAUUUCGAGUAGCUCUUGGGAAAACUGGAGACAUACGACCUCAGCUGAACGGGUGAUGACAGUAGAGGGUCAGGAAGAGAACAGAUAAGUACUUUUAACUUGCAGAGAAGGGGUAAGGGAAAAGAAAUUGACUAGUCCCACGUCCGGAUGAUUUCUAAGCUCUGGUAACCGUUUUCGACGUCAGUCGCAAUUUCAAUAGAGCGUUGUGUAGGUAAUCACUGCAGUCGCCAAAGUUACGAAAUGGGCAAAUCCUGUUAAGAAAGGUAGGCAAAAGUGGAGUGCCGAACCCCGAGGGAAAAAAAAAGAAGGAACAUAAGUCCACAUUGCUGCUACUGGGCUAUUUUGAAAAACCGUCCCUGUGAUUUGAAUACAGUAAAUGAUGCAAAACCUCUUGUCACAACCAGUUUAAUUGUUUUGCUGAAAUAGGGCUUUACUUGGUUUUCGGGCCUUGGGUGCUAUUAUGUACUUUGUGUAAGGAACCUGAGUGACACAGAAGUGCUAGGUGCUGUGCAGGAUACAAUACAGAAAUUUGUGUGUAUGGGGUGGGGAGAUCACAGAGACAAUGCACUGAAAAUGCACUCAAAUGCACUGAAAAUAAUAUUAUAUGGUCCUGUAGACGUUAGCUGCUUCUGCUAGAAUUAUUCUAGAUAGCUUUGCUGAAUCCAGGUGUUACUUAAAGACAAAAUACAAGGAAUCAUUUUGAUCUCCCUAGUUGACAAUUCUGUUUGGGCAGUGCUGCAGGCAAAGGAUCUGUUAUCCAAAAAGUUUGAAAGUGUGGUACCAAUGGUUAUCCAAGAUCCCUUUGACAUGAUUCCCAGAAAUGUAGGAUGUCAGAACCCAGCUAGUAUUGACUGUAACUCGGGGUUUAUAAUGUAGUAUAUACCAUCCAAUUCAGUAAUAAGCAGCUCAUAGCUAGAUAUGUUUGAUCACAGCCAUAGAGAAUCUGUGCUAGCUUUUGCUGUUGUUAUAUACGAUUUCCCUUCAUUUUGGAUGGAAAUCUGUAGUCAUCUCAGCUUCAUUUUUAGGCCAAUGAAUCACAGUGCAGUUGAUACAAUCUGCUGAUCCUUGCUAGACUUUAGGAAGCGUUGCCCUAGAGAACUUAUUGAAAAGUUAAAGUCAAGGCUUUAAGGCAAGAUUUACAAGAGAAGGAGAUUCUAUAGGGUCAUAUUAACUAGUCCUUCAUAACUAUAACAUAACAGAAGGUCAACUACAUUGUCCUUUCAUUUACAGAAAGAAAAAAGUGUCAGGAUCCUGAAAAUGGUUUCAUGGUUAUGAUAGCACUUUUAGAAGCUAUGGUGGGGAGGAUCCGAGGUUCAGGGAGAAAGAGAAAAUGAAUGAAAUUGCAGAUGAUUCAUCUGUGAGCACAGUCGUCCUGUCCGGCUCCAGAAAAUGAGUACAAGGAGAAAAUAGCAGCUGCAAAUUUGCUUGCUGUACCCAAACAGCAGAGCUCAGUGUUCCCUUUGCUGCUUUUCAGUAUCUGGUGGCAUUGUAGAGACAGGAUAUGUUACUAUUUAUUGUUUGUGUUUAAUCAAGUCGCCUUACCAGCAACAGCUGCUGAUCGGCUGCUUUUCUUUCAAAAUAAACAUGAUGACAUUAAGGUUGCUUUUCUAAAAAUGUAUGCAACUACUACUUAACAUAGAUUAUUCGAAUGGGUAAGAAUACAUCUAAUGCAUGAAUAGUGGGAAAUGAGAUAAAAAGACUAAAUGCAUGAAGUCUAUCGGAUAAAGGUAAUCUAAAAAUAUGUUGGAAUAUUGUAAACACAUACUUUUAUGGCACAGUAAAUCAGAUCUGGAUCUUGGAGAGAAAGUUCAAGUUGUACAGCUACUUAGAUGCUUGACCAAGCUAUUUAUUAACUUUCAGUUCUUUAUCUGUAAAAAGAAAAAAAAGUUUACAUAACCUGAUUCUUGGGAAUAAAUUAGAAUGAAAUCUAUAAAUUAAAAUUUAAGAUUAACAUUCCUCUAUUAUUAGAAAAAUGUGUCUAAUUGACAGGCUAGAAACCAGAAGACUAUGAGUUCAAGUUUUGACUUAUCAUGAAAGCCAGCUGUGUGAUUUCAGGCCAGUCACUCUCUAUCACCUUAUCUCACCUCACCUCACAGGGUUGUUGUGUGGAAAAUUGGAGGAGGAACUUGACUUGCUUUAUAAAAUACUUGUAAAAAUAAUAAAAGGCAGAAUAUUAAUAAAACAAAUAAAUAAUCUUAAUGCUUGAAUCUUAUAAAAUUAAUAGGAGUAUGAACUUUACCUUAAAUUAGUAAGUAAUAGGCAUGGUAAGAGUAAACAAAAAGGAGAUGUCAUUCUGAUGGUGAAGAUUUUCAGAUAAAGUAUAUGUUCAAUAAUGUAUUAUGAUGACUCAUUUAUUUAAAAUCAUAAUUGCACAAUACAGUAUACAUUGCCUUAUAAACGCUAUCAGCCUUUCUCAAUUGUGGCUCCACAAAACUUUAAGGUUCUGCAAGAGGUUUCUGAGAAAGGUCUUUAUUAAAAUAAAUAAACAUCAGUUUUUGAACUUUGCAGGCCAGGCAAUGCCAGUGUUUGCAGUGGUGUGAUUUUUUUACAUGCUUCAAGUCAGCUACUGGCCUGUCAGUUUGCUGUUGUUCUAUAAAAUAUGGAUUGUAUAAAUUAAAAAUGAAUUAUGUGAAAUUUUUGUAAUUUUUUAUUCACAGGUUCCUUGAAAUCUGAAAAUUAUUUCAAGGGAUCCUUUAAGGUAAAAACUUUGAGGAAGACUGCUCUAAGCAGUUAUCAGGGGAAAUCCUUAUGAUAGUGGCUUUUGUGAAAACAGGUUUAAAAUGAAAGUGUUGCAUGUACUCGUCUUCACUGAGUGAGAGAUUAGCAGUAGAUAAAUAUGCCUCAUUGAUAAUCUUGAGCAUUUACUGCUAGUACAAUGUGCAGUUUUCAAACUGAGAUGUGAUCUGAAAUAUUACUAGUAUUCCCAUCUGUAAAACAGCCCGAUAACUUGAUGAAAUUGCUGGGUAAGUUUUUCUGGCAAUAUUUUUUAUCAGUAUACUGUGGAUUAAAGUUGAUAUUUGCAUUAGUCAGUGCAGCCUCUGGAAAAAGCUAAAUUAAAUGAUUUAUUCUAAUGUCAUCUAUGAAAAUAUGAAAUCCAGUAUAGCAUUUAGAAGUGUAAUCUGAGAUUCUAGAGAGAAAAGAAUUGUAGAAUUAAAGAUAUUCUGGGCAGUUAUAGGACAGCUGUUUCCUGUCUUGGCUGUCUUGUAUAUAUGCUUAGAUAAAUGUGUAAGUCCUAUGGGAAGUGUCUGGUGCCUCAAAUGAGAUAUUUCCCUCUCCCCAAAACCUCACCCCUUAUUUUUAUCUUUCUACAGUGAAACUUGGGGAACAAUUGUUCUCUAUUUGCAGACAAAGGGCAGUUCUAGUUUCUAUGUACUGAAGGAAGCUGAAAUGAUAGCUUCUUUUGUUGCUUUCUAGGCAGAAAGGGACUAUACCUUUGGGUAUAAGGUGAGUGGAGAAGUCUGCCUUCUCUGCUCAGAAGAGCUCAGAGGCCAUUUUCAGCCUCCAUCUUAAAAAGGUGAGGACUGGCAAGACAUUAAUCUCUACCCCUUGAAUCAUUGAGGCAGCAGGUUGUCUGUAGAUGUUGGUAGUAAUAGUGGUCAUGACUGGGAAAUGAAAUCUGGAUCUUAGGCAAGAGUAAUUUUCACGUCUUCAUUUAGUGAACAAACUAAAAUUAAUUCAACUCUAUGUGCUUAAUAGCAAUAGCUAUUAGCUAUUGAACUAAUUUAAGUAUAUUUGAUUAAUUUGUUUUAUCUACUAUUUAUUUUAUUUGUAACCCACAUGGUUUAAUGGUUAUUAUCUGUUGCCUUUGCAUAAGUUAUCUGAUUGGAGAGCAGAUAGCAUUAGCAAGUAGUGUAGUUUUCAAUUUGUAUUAGAAAGAAAAUAUAUUUUUUGGAUCUUUUUUUCCAUAUACUUAGUUACGGACAUGGAAGAUUUAUUAAACAUGUAUUUCUCCCAUUAAUGAUAUAAAUUGAUAGCAUUAUCUUGGCACUAGAUAAGGGUCAACAGAAUUCAAUAGGGGUUGGGUUUGGUCUAUUUGCGUCUAGGUAGAGAUUCAAGGCUGAUUCCUGUUUUGAUUCUGUAGUCUGUCCCCAGGUUCUGCCACUGCUUCUCCUGCAAUGCUUAUCUAAAGUUAGUAGCAGUAUCUAAAGUUAGGCUUGAAAUUUGUUUGCUAACAACAUUUGUUAUUGCAGGCAUCUUCUACAUCAAUGAAGGAGGUGGAUCAUUUGACCACAUUACAUGCUUUUAUUUUCUCCAUGAAAUCUGAAGUUCAGAGGAAGUUUGGACAAAACAUUCAAGAGAAAGUUUUUUCCUAAUUUUCUCAAUAAGUGGAUUAACGUCCUUCAUUUUUACUUCUAACAUUGCUAUUGAGAAAAGAAAACAAUUGUUCAUCACUACAACAUUUUUAGUCUGGAAAUAUUUACUAUUAUCUAAAAGACAAUUAUACAUUAUGCUGGUCAUUUUAAUUUUUUAUAGAUUAUUGUCUACAAUCUUUUAAUACAGAUUCUUGACAAUGCAUUGAUUUUGCUACAUUUUUAACACAACCACCUCAAUGCUUAUGAUGUACCAAUAUGAGAUUUAAAGGAGGGUAAAGUGAUUGCUCUCUUAAGCCAUUUCAGAGUGCAACAAAUUGAAAUUCAUAUUAUGGCAGCAAACUAUAAAAGAGUAAUAACAACAGUGAAUUGUUACAGCAGUGCUAUAAUAGAUAAUCAGCUUCAAAAUGUUGUGCAUUAUUGCACAGGGACAUGUCAAGUAUUCAAACAAGGAAUUAUGUGCAUAGUGGCCCACCACAGUGUUUGUCCAAAACUACUUAAAGUUUCUACACCUAAUUUUAGAAAUUCAGAUCUGACCCACAGAUUUUCAAUGCCUGAAAAUUCAAUUGCUUUGCCUGGGGAUGAAGAUUAUCAUCAGCUCCUUCCUAGUAAUCCAAAACUCAAAAAAGGAUCUUCUGUUCAAAGCAGUGGAAAUCUGAAAGAUAUCACUGAAGAAGCCAUAAAUCUUGCUAGUGGAAAAAUAAAAGAAUUCUCAUUUGAAAAACUGAGAAAUUCUUCAAAUCAGGCAAACUAUAGAAAAGGAAGAAAAGUUAAGUCAGACCAAUUCAGUAGAAGAUCACUUGAUUUUGACUUGAUUAGUGGACAUUUCAGCAGCGAUGAAAUUUUGUCCCCUCCUAACGGUAUUCUAAAUAAUUGUUCCCAUGAAGAAAAAUGGCAUGUCAGCAGCCCCUCUGUUAAGGAAAGUGGGAGUUCUGUAGUUCCUUUACCUAUAGAAACUUUUCCUGAUGGCAAUUUUUUAACACAAAUUUUGGAAAAGCACAAACUGGAUGGUUCUUCCAGUGGAGAUAUUAAGAUGUGCUUAGAUAUCUUGCUAAAAUGCUCAGAGGACUUGAAGAAGUGUACAGAUAUAAUAAAGCAAUGCAUUAAGAAGAAAUCUUCAGGAAAUGUCAAUAGCGGAAAUAAUAGCGAGUCCUUGGUUAAUUCUGAAAUAAUCUAUAUGAAUUUAAUGACAAGAUUUUCUUCUUACCUUAAACAGUUGCCUUUUGAAUUUAGACAUCCUAGUGACAUGGUAGAACUGAUUAAUAGUUUGUCUGCUUUGGAGCAAUCUCAUUUCUCCCCAAUAUUUGGCAAUGAGCAACCACCAAGAUAUGAAGAUGUUGUAACUUCUGCAUCAUCUGUGGCAAAGCAGACAUUUCUCUCUAACUCAAAAAGAAUUCAGGAUAAUAAUGAUACAAAUUCCACAACCAAUCUUAUCCAAAUCCCCAGUGUAGAUAUUUCCUCAAAUACAUUGCCGAACAAUAUAGAUUUUAGAAAUGAUUCUCAUGUACUACCUCAGUUACAAUUUCUAAAUCCAUCAGACUGUGUUUUUCCCACAGAAUCUCUAUAUAUUGUAGAAGAAUCAGAUGGGAAAAAAGUAAGGGGAAGUGCAUCAAGUGUUCAGAGUAGAACAAUAAGGGGAGAUUCAGAAAGCAGCCAGGAGCGAGCUGAAACGCUAAAUCCUUCUUUAGAACUUCCUAAAACUUCACAUACUGUUGCACAGCCUCUAUCAAAGGGCGACCUCUCCAUUUCAACAGGUUCCAUUGAUCAAGCCUUUAACUACAAUGUUCAGGUCUCUAAAGAAGAGCUUAGAAAAAACAAUCAAGAAGAGAUAGAUAAACUUUUGUUGGAUUUGGAGAAUUUUUCACAAAAAAUGGAAAUUACACUGAGAGAAACUACUGUGGAGCAGAGUGAGUCUAGACAUUUGAAAAGUAGUGGUUUAACCAGUGAAGACAAAGGCAAAGAUUGUUUUCCUGAAGACAAAAGCGUGCCUUCUUCCUUAUCAAAACCUGUAGAAAUCAAUGGUCAUAAAAUGGAUGAAGAUGAGAAAACUCUUUUAUUGCGUAUUUUGGAGAGUAUUGAAGACUUUGCCCAAGAACUAGUAGAAUUCCAAUUGGGCAAAGGAAGCUUAUCAAAAGAGAAAGAAGUGAUGCAUAUUCUUCAGGAAACUUUAGCCACACCUUCCAUUACAGUUGACAAGCAGAGCUACAUUGAUACAGUGAAGAAAAAACCUGCCUCACCAUUAAUUCAACAGAUGCCGGAGGUUAUCAAGGUCCAAAAUAAGCAAGAGAAAAAACCGGUGACACAAUCUCUAACUCCUGCAAAUUCAACAAUCACCCCACAGUCUCUACUGUCUACAAAUAAAGAAACUGUUGGUGCUCCUUUGUCCAUAAACAUUCCAACUUUCUAUUUUCCCUAUGGACUUCCGAAUAUCUGCAAUAAUCAUGACGAAAUUAUUAUCAAAGUUGAAGCAGCCUUUUCAGAGUUUGAAGAUAAGAAAGUUCCCUAUAAUGAAAUGGAGAAAAUUAUAAAAAUAUGUGGCUGUCCCCUAUAUUGGAAAGCUCCCAUGUUCAAUGCAUCUGGAGGGGAGCAGACAGGAUUUGUAUCUGUACAUUCAUUUGUGGCCAUGUGGAAAAAGAUUCUACACAACUGUCAUGAUGAUGCAUCAAAAUUCAUUUGCCUUUUAGCAAAACCUAACUGUAACUAUCUGGAACAAGAAGAUUUCAUCCCAAUACUGCAGGAUAUAGUUGAAACUCAUCCAGGACUGACAUUUUUAAAGGAUGCCCCAGAAUUUCAUUCCCGCUACAUUACUACGGUUAUUCAAAGAAUAUUUUACAUAGUGAAUAGAUCAUGGUCUGGAAAAAUAUCAUUAAUAGAGCUGAGGAAAAGCAACUUUCUGCAAACUCUAGCCCUCUUAGAAGAAGAGGAAGAUAUUAAUCAAAUCACUGAUUAUUUUUCCUAUGAGCACUUCUAUGUUAUUUACUGUAAAUUCUGGGAAUUGGACACUGAUCAUGAUCUCUAUAUCAAUCAGAGCGAUUUGACUAGAUACAAUGAUCAAGCUUUGUCAAGCAGAAUUAUAGAAAGAAUAUUCACUGGAGCUGUUCUUAGAGGAAGUCAAGAACAAAAAGAAAACCAGAUGAGCUAUGCAGACUUUGUGUGGUUUCUGAUCUCGGAAGAAGACAAAAGAUGCCUCACAAGUAUUGAGUACUGGUUCCGAUGCAUGGAUUUAGAUGGGGAUGGCACACUAUCAAUGUAUGAACUUGAAUAUUUUUAUGAGGAACAGUGUGAAAGGAUGGAAUCUAUGGGCAUUGAGCCUUUGCCCUUCCAUGAUCUAUUGUGCCAAAUGCUUGAUCUAGUAAAACCAGAAUAUGAGGGAAGAAUUACUCUACGAGAUUUGAAGAGAUGUAGAAUGGCUCAUGUAUUUUAUAAUACUUUCUUUAACCUUGAAAAGUAUCUGGACAAUGAACAACGGGAUCCCUUUGCUGUGCAAAAGGAUAUUGAAAAUGAUAAUCCAGAACCCUCUGAUUGGGACAGAUAUGCUGCUGAGGAAUAUGAAAUCCUUGUAGCUGAGGAGUCUGGCAGUGUACAGUUACAAGAAGGUUCCUUUGAAGAUGAUUAUGAAACAGAUGAACUCUUAUCUAUGUCUGAAAUUGAAGAAAAGUCAGAUGAUUUAAUUAUUUCACAUCUUUCAGCAUAACAAUGAUUUGUCCUCAAAAUCUACCAUUAUUAAACACACGAGUCUUCAGUUCUUACAUUUGAAGAAACAAUAAUGUUAUUUGACAAUGUACGAAGAUCUGAAACAAAAUCAUAAUUAUACAAGAUAUAUCAUUUGUUUCUCUAAUGUGAUAAUUUUCCUAACUGUUGGGGUAUGCAUAGAAUUUGUGCAGACAUUCAUGGAACCUGUAAGGAAACAGCAAAGACUGGAUAAAGGUGAAAAGCUUCAUAUUUAUAUAUAAAAAAAGAAUUUAAAACAAUUAAUAAAUACCUGAGGAUUUUUUUUCCAUUUUGGAUUAUUCUUCCUUCUUUUCUUAUUUAGAUGCUAUGUUCAGUUUCUUUCUUGUCUUACAACAUAAUUGUAUACUAAUGUUCAGUUUUUUGAUGUAUCAGAAGUCCCUAUCAGUUUUCUAGUUUAUUUCUAGCUCACUGCAGAUAUUUAUAUGGAUUAUAGAAUACUGAAUGAUGAUAACUUAAUAUGGAAUUUUCAAGUUUAUUUAAAUCUAGUGUCAAGUUCAUGUUUCUUUGGUUUAAAGUAUAAUAGAGAAAAGAGACGGCCCAUUCGUUUUCAUGGUGGUUCUUCAUGGGGAUUUUUUUUUAACAGAAUAACAGAAUAAUUCUGCAAUUUUAUUAAAUUCUUCUUUAAAAAGCAUUAAUGCCUUAAUAAAUGCAAUGAUCCCCCUCCAUAAAAGAGAAAUUGGUAUGUUUUCCACACUUAAUCAAAGAAAUGAAUGACAUAAAAUUCAUAACUGAUAGGAAUGCCCCACCAGAUUGAUGCAUUUUAAAUUGAAGUGCAGAAAAUGAGAAUCAACUGACAAAAUGAAUACAAAACUUUUCCAAGAAUAAACAAAAAUCAGGUAAAAAUAACAUUUACAAGAUAGGUCCUAGAUGAUGCAGGUAAUAUCUUAUUCCCUUACCCACUCUUUUGAAUCUUGUUCUUUAAAAAAAAUUCUAAGUAAAAGCUAAUGCCCAUUUUGUAAAGGAAGCAUUUACAAUACAUUGUUUAAAAUUUAAAUGGUUCUUAGUGGCAUAAAAUUGACUCCCUUCUGAGGUAGUAUGUUCCCCUUCAGUGAAGGUCUUGAAAUGAAGACUGAAUGGCCACCUGUUGAAAAUGUUUUGGCAAAUCCAGCACUGAGUAGAAGAUUGGACUUUCAUUCAGAGAUGCUUUCAUUUUAUGAUUCUGUGAUAAAACAAUGCCAUACUGACAAUAGAUACAAUUUGCUUAGAAGUGACAAUGAAGAUAAUUGAAGUGGUAGAAUGCUUCUGCCUUUUAGGGUGAACAGUAAAGAAACAAGCAAUCAAGGAAUAUACUACAGACUAGCACUUAAUAGCCGUGAAGGCCUUGAAAAAGAUACUCAGAUGCCAGCAUGUGUGUAUACUUACAAAGAUCAGAAUAGUGCAGGCAAUCAUAUUUCUAUGACAUUUUCUGGAAGUGAAAAUUGUACUUUGAAAUCAGGCUAGAAAAGAGCAUUGCUGUUUUUGAACCUUUAUGGUGGAUAAGACCUGUUAGAAUACCAUGGAUACCCAGGAAAACAAAGAACAAAUGGAUUAUGAAACAAUGCAACUCACAGUUCUCACUUGAGAAACAGCUGAGAAAGUUCAAACUAUCUAUUUCAAAUGCAUCAUUGAAAGACCUAGCUCUCUAGAGAAGAUGCAAAUGCUGUAAAAGAUGGAAGGAAAUAAGAUUCCAGCAGCAAGAUGGAUGGAUUUAGUUACAAUAGUGAUAGAUGCAUUAUUGGAAGACCUGAAUGAGCAGGUUAAGGACAGAUCAUCAUGGAAAAAUCUAUGUGGUUUCCAAGAAUUGACAAAAACUUGAAGGUGUAUAAUCAUCCAAUCAGCAUACACUAACAUUACACGCAACAAACAGAAUACUAUAGUUUAAUAUUGCGGAUAAGCAAUUGUUCAUGAAAUGAUUCAGUUCAGGAACCGAGAAAAUAUGAUAGUCCACAACAAACACACUUUAAGUGGUAGGAAUUGCAUAUAAAUUGCAAAUGAAAAGAUUUUUAUGAAAAAAACUUUUUGUUCAGUCUUGCAGUUAGUUGUUGGAUGUUUUUCAAAGGCACUUGGUUCACCACCACUAAAAAUCUAUACGAACAUAGCUGUUUGAAAAUGCUUUUGCAGAUUUUAAUGCCUAUGUGUAUAAGGAAUUUUCUGUAUUCUGAAGGGAUUAGUGAUCAAUUUUUGUACGUUUCUCAUGAGAUUGUGGAACAGCUUAAGCACAAUUUCCUUUGGAAGAUAUUUUUUGCAUUCAUUUUUGAAGUACUGUUUUAAUUUAAGUGAUUGAAUAUGAGCAUACUUUGGGCAAAUUGAGCAAGUUAGGGAUUAUAAUGUUCAAUUCCUAAGUGCUUAGCUUCUUUCUGAUAACACAAUACUAAUGAUUGUGCAUUGUAAGAAUACACUAAAAAGUUUAUUUUUCCUA